AUGCUAGGUGGAGGACCCACCUGCAUCGUUAUCAUCCACCCUCCGGCCUGGACAGGAGAGGAGCCAGCCUACGUCGUCUCAGCAACGACACCUCUCCAGCUUUCAACCAAUGCUUGGCAACCACUCCCUCUAGUCUCAAGCCUCGGCAUCGAUCUCCUCUACGCCAAGCCGGACCAGAGCCAACACCCCCUGUUCACAGUCGGUAGCGAUGCCAACACCGCCCUCGCGGCCUUCACCAUGGAUUGCGAUCCCGCCUCCGCUUCUUUCGGCAAAUCUCGUCGUACAGCCACAGGCGGCGUCGCUUUCAACCACUCGAAAAAAUAUAUUGACAAACGUCUCUCUACCAUCAAAUCCAAGCUCGCAGGGCCAGACGGCGUCACUGCGACAGCGGACGAGUACGGCAAAUUGGGACCGCAGGCUUUCAAGGUCGUCUUCGAGCGAUAUCGUGCUGAGCAGGUCAAGCGGGAUCCUGGUAUGGGCUGGGAGGACUUCGAGUGUCCCGUCACCGUGGCAGGGCCGUGA